GUACCAAGAUCAACAAACAUGGGCACAUUAUCACUUGACAAACUUGCUUAUACACAAGAUGUGGUUAUUACCCAGUUCUAUAUUCCAAUUAUUGUGGAGUGCACUGGUGAAGCUCCUGAACAUGUUACAGUUACUGUACAGUGUAAUGGAACUGAUAGCAGUACAACUUACCAAAUAAGGAAUAUGAAUGAUAUAACAGGAUUAAUAUCAGUACCAUUAUAUGAACAGUGUAAUAUCAGUAUUGUAUUUAGCAAUGAGGCUGGUAGUAGUGAACCAUUUAUACUAGCAUUUGAUACAUAUCCCAAUAUCACUACUACUUCUACAACACCUACAACGUCUACUAUAAGUUCACUUGAUAUCAUUAUUCCUGUCAUCAUCACAGUGAUAGCAGGUUUUAUUGUAAUGGCAUUAUUAUUGAUAAUCGUUAUAUUGUGCAAGUUGAGAAGACAUCCACAUACGUCUGCCUCACCAGUACUUAUUAAACGUAAUGAAGCAUAUGAAUUCAAGCAGGUCACUCCUAAAACUAAUAAAAAUGUUGCUUAUGAUGUAGUAAAUUUAGAUAGUUGA